UGCCCCCCAGGCUACCUGAUGGAGCGCAAGAAGAAGGGCUCCAUGCGCUGGAUGAAGAUGAACUUUGAGGUUUACCCCGACACCACCUACGAAUCCACCAAGAUGAUCGAGGGCGUCUGCUACGAGAUGCGCGUCUUCGCCGUCAACGCCAUCGGGGUGUCGCAGCCCAGCCACAACACCCAGCCCUUCAUGCCCAUCGCGCCGACCAGCGAGCCGACCCACGUGGUGCUGGAGGACGUCACCGACACCACGGCCACCAUCAAAUGGAGGCCGCCUGAGCGAAUCGCCGGGGGCGUCGACGGGUACCUGGUGGAGUGGUGCAAGGAGGGAUCGGACGAAUGGGUGGCAGCCAACACAGAGCUGGUGGAGCGCUGUGGGCUGACGGUGCGGGGCCUCCCCACGGGGGAGCGGCUGCUCUUCCGGGUCAUCAGCGUCAACAUGGCGGGCAAAAGCCCCCCGGCCACCAUGGGGCAGCCUGUCACCAUCCGAGAGAUCGUGGAGCGCCCCAAGAUCCGGCUGCCUCGGCACCUGCGCCAGACCUACAUGAGGCGCGUGGGGGAGCAGGUCAACCUCGUCAUCCCCUUCCAGGGGAAGCCCCGUCCUCAAGUGACCUGGAGCCGCGGCGGUUCCCCACUUCCGGCGGAAGUGCAGACCCGCACGUCGGACGUGGACUCGGUGUUCUUCAUCCGCUCCGCCACGCGGGAGCUGUCCGGCGACUACGAGAUGCGCGUGCGCAUAGAGAACAUGGAGGACAGCGCCAUCGUGCGGCUCAGGGUCGUAGAGCGGCCUGGCGCCCCUCGCGCGGUGGCGGUGGCGGAGGUGUGGGGCAGCAACGCGCAGCUGCAGUGGGAGCCGCCCAAGGACGACGGCAACGCCGAGAUCAGCGGCUACACCGUGCAGAAGGCCGACACCAGGACCAUGGAAUGGUUCACGGUGCUGGAGCACAGCCGCCCGACGCGCUGCGUGGUGUCGGACCUGGUGAUGGGCAACGAGUAUCGCUUCCGGGUGUACAGCGAGAACGUCUGUGGGCGGAGCCAGGAGCCGGGCACAUCCCAUAAUACUGCGCGCAUCGCCAAGGAGGGUCUGACCCUAAAAGCGGUGCCCUUCAAGGAGCGCGAUCUGCGCGCAGCCCCCACCUUCCUGACCCCAUUGGUGGAUCGCAGCGUGGUGGCGGGGUACACAGUGACCCUCAACUGCGCUGUGCGGGGACACCCCAAGCCCAAGGUGACGUGGCUGAAGAACAGCGUGGAGAUCGGGGCCGACCCCAAAUUCCUGUCCCGCCACGGCAUGGGGGUGCUGUCCCUGCUCAUCCGCCGGCCCGGGCCCUUCGACGGCGGCACCUACGGCUGCAGGGCCGUCAAUGAGAUGGGGGAGGCCACCACCGAGUGCAGGCUGGACGUCAGGGUGCCGCAAUGAGGAGCAGCGCAGAGCAGCGUUGGGGUGAGAGGUGUCGCCUCGCUGCCUGCAGCGCCAAUAAACGCAGUGCUGUCCGUC